UAAAUGAAUUUUUAAGAAUUUUAAAACUAAAGUUUGUGCUUUAAUGAAUUUUUUCCAUAUAUAUAUACGGUAAAAGUAGUAGCAGUGCAGAUAUUGAGAGGAAUGGCGGAGGCAGGUGCAGGUGGCGUUAGGUUUGUGAAGAACAAAUAUUGGGUUGUAAGGCAUGGCAAAAGCAUUCCCAAUCAAAUUGGUCUCAUCGUCUCCUCCAUGGAAAAUGGAAAACUUGAACAAUAUAAGUUGGCUCCUGAAGGAAUCAAACAAGCGGAAUUGGCUGGAGAGUCAUUCCUAAAGGUACUCAAAGAGGAUAACAUACCACUUGAAAAUGUUCGAAUCUGCUACUCUCCCUUCUCUAGAACCACUCAUACAGCACAAGUAGUUGCAUCAGUUCUAGAUAUUUCUUUUGAAGGACCACAGUGUCUGGUCCUAGAUGAUCUUAGGGAGCGCUUCUUUGGUCCUUCAUAUGAACUUAAGUCUCAUGAUAAAUAUCCUGAUAUAUGGGCUCUAGAUGAGAAGGAUCCAUUCAUGCAGCCUGAAGGUGGAGAAAGUGUUGCAGAUGUUGUGUCUAGACUCACGAAUGCAUUGAUUAAGAUGGAGUCACAAUUCCAAGGAUGCACAGUGUUGGUGGUCAGCCAUGGUGACCCUCUGCAAAUUUUCCAGACAAUACUGAAUGCAGCUAAGGAUUACAAGGGAUCCUGUGAAAAUGACUUGACCUCAAGGAUACAGGCAGUCAAAAUCCCUUCAGUUCUCUCACAGCACCGGAAUUUUGCUCUACAAACAGGAGAAUUGCGUUCAGUAGUAUAGUCCACAGCUUGAAUUGCACAUUCCGAAACAUUCUUUCAGCUCAUGCUGUUAUUCUUCUCUAUACAUUCUGAAGUGAACUUUAUCUGUCUCUAGGGAGAAUAAGAUCGAUUUUUAAAUAAAGAGGGGAGAAUAUUUAAUUUGCGAUCUCCUUAAUCAGAGGAGGUAAGCUUCUCCUUUCAUGAUGCAUCUUCCCAACUCUUUGGGGCAUGUUCUUUAUGUAUUAAACCAAUUGCUCCCUGUUCCAAUAAUAAUGGCUUUUCAUCCUUGAUGAAAGAUCAGGGAAACAAAGAUGGAGAUAAGGCUAAUGUUCAGGUUAUUGCUAAUUGAUCCGUGGAAGGUUAUACAGUGUAAAAAGCCAUUGUGUCCAAAAUAAAAGUGGUCCUCGAAACGAUGUACUUGUUUAUUUAAUUUUAUAUUUUAUCA